AUGUCUACGACUUCUCCCAAAGAAGAGCACCAGAGCGGCUUGCCUCUUGUUCCGUGUCAAACAUCUCCGGAGAUUAUCCAGGAAAUGGUGGCUGCCUGCGCGGUUGGCGACUUUCCAAGAUUCAAGUCGACUUUCGACACCUGGACUUGUCUCAAUCUGGAUAUACAUGAUCUUGACUCAGUCAUGAUUCAGGCUGUCAGACAGGAUCAGAAGGAUGUUGUCGCUGAACUUUUGCAGCAAGGUCUGCAAGUGCACCAAGAUUAUGCUCUACAAGCGAUAAGACAUAGAUCAAAGGAGGUUCUCAACACCCUACUGCAACAUGGAUGGAAUAUUAACAAUCCGACAAGUGCAUUGAGGCCUCCUGCACUCGGUUGUGCCGUUGACGACGAGGAGAUGACUCUUUGGCUUCUUAAUCACGGAGCCGACCCAAACAAGCAGUGUUCUAUUGACCUUACACCAUUGUCCUACGCGGUAGAAGAAGCCUCCCUCCCCACACUCAGACUGCUUCUGGACCGUGGAGGGGAUGUUCACAAAGGACAACUGCUUCACCAUGCUGUUGAACGUCAAACGAAUAUCAUCGAGGUGCUGGGCAUGCUGCUGGAGAGAGGAGCCCCUUUGAAUUCAAAGAUGUACGAGAAACACUAUCCUUCAUGGAGACUGUACUAUUUCAUGGGCUUGAGAACCCCUUUACACAAAGCAGCGGAGCUGGGCAAAGCGGAUGUUGUGCGCUAUCUGGUUGAUCAAGGCGCGGACGUUGGUAUCAAGGAUGCCAGAGACCGAAGUGCGAUGGACUGGGCUGCAUUGAACAACCAUCAAGAGAUUGUGGAGCUGCUUCACGCAGUAGAGAGAAGACAACAUCUAUGA